GUAACUGAGUGGUCCGAAACUAGAACAGCUAAUGUUUUUUCGUCUUAUUGGAGCAUUAUGUUAUCUCCAAUAUUUUAGCCUAAAACACUAGCUCAGCCUCAGCUUUUACUGAUAUUUUUCUCUCUUUCAAUCACCAUGAGGAAUUGUGGGUCUUUUCAAAUUCUCUUGUGAUGAAACUUUGUUGCUUCUAAAACACUUCAAUCUCUAGCUUUGCUGUUGCUUACUGAAUAUUUUCACUCGAUCUAUUAUCACCAUGGGGACUUGUUUGUCUAUCCAAUUUUCUGGUGAUAUUGGUCAAUCGCUGGAUCGUAUCUUUAGAUUCAGAAACCUUAAGAAGAAUCUCAAUGAUCUGGAUAGGGAAAUGAAAUAUCUCACAGCAAUUAAAGAUGAGGUGAUGAACAAAGUUACGAGGGAGGAAAGGCUACCACAUACACAAAGGCGUCCAACUGUCAGGGAAUGGCUUGCACGUGUGGAGGAGGUCGAUACACGGUCUACUAAUCUGGUUAGUACUAGUACCGCUCAGCUUCAAAAUCUGUAUCUUUGUGGUUUAUGCUCAACAAAUGUACGUUCUAGCUACAAUUAUAUGGAAAGCGUAUUAUUGUUGUUGGAAGAGGUUACGAAACUCAUAGAUGAUGGCAAAUUUGAAACGGUUACUGAGUUGACUCCGACACCUGAAGUCAUGGAGAGGCCUACAUGGCAUACGGUUGGCCAGGAGGAAAUGCUCGAGAGAGCAUGGACACGACUUAUGGAUGAAAAUGUCGGAAUCAUGGGUCUUCACGGUAUGGGUGGCGUAGGGAAAACUACCCUCUUCAAGAAAAUCCACAAUAAGUUCGCUGGAAUAGCUGGAGAGUUUGACACUGUGAUAUGGGUCGUGGUGUCUCAAGGCGCAACUAUUACAAAGGUUCAAGAAGAUAUUGCACAGAAGCUACACCUUUGUGGCGACGAAUGGACAAAGCAAAAUCAAAGUGAUAGAGCCGCAGAGAUAUACAGUGGUUUGAAAAAGAAGAGAUUUGUGCUGAUGCUAGAUGAUAUAUGGGAGAAAGUGGAUUUAGAAGCCCUCGGAGUUCCGGAACCGACCAGAGAAAAUGGAUGCAAAGUAGCAUUCACCACCCGUUCUAGGGAGUAUGGUAAGAGCAUGGGGGAUCAUGAACCGAUGCAAGUCAAGUGUUUGAAAAAAGAUCAAGCAUGGGAAUUGUUUAAAGGCAAGAUCGGAGACAAUACAUUAAGAAGAGUCCCUGUUGAGCUCGCUAGAAAGGUAGCUGAUAAAUGUCAUGGUCUGCCGCUAGCGCUCAGUGUUAUUGGCGGGACAAUGGCAUCUAAAACUACGGUACAAGAAUGGGAGGAUGCAAUCGAUACUUUGACUAGAUCCGCUAGAGAGUUUUCUGACAUGGAAAAUGAUAUUCUUCCAAUUCUGAAGUUCAGCUACGAUAACUUGAAACAUGAACAUAUCAAGUCAUGUUUCGUCUAUUGUGCUCUGUUUCCAGAAGAUUAUCUAAUAAAAAAAGAAAGGUUGAUAGAGUAUUGGAUAUGCGAAGGAUUCAUGGGGGAGUACCAAGAUUUAAGAAUAGCAAUUAAUAAGGGUUAUGGGGUACUCGGCACCCUUACCUGUGCAAAUUUACUGAUGGAAGUUGACACAGAAACUGUUGUGAUGCAUGACGUAGUUCGUGAGAUGGCUCUAUGGAUUGCUUCCGAUUUGGGGAAAAACAAAGAGAAUUUUGUUGUGCAAGCAAGAGUCGGAUUACGUCAAGUGCCAAGAGUCAAAAACUGGGGAGCUGUGAGAAGGAUGUCAUUAAUGGGCAAUGAGAUUGAAGAGAUGACUUGCAGUUCCAAGUGUUCUGAACUUACAACUCUGCUCCUCCAGAAAAAUGAUUUGAAGAACCUCUCAGGUGAAGUGAUACAAUAUAUGCGGAAGCUACUUGUUUUGGAUCUAUCAUAUAAUGACAGCAUCAAGGAACUUCCAGAGCAGAUAUCGGAGCUGACCUCCUUGCAGUAUCUUGACUUGUCCCAUACACCUUUAGAGCAACUUCCCGUUGGUUUUCAAGAGUUGAAAAAGCUAACUCACCUGAAUUUGACUAGUACAUACGAACUUUGUAGUAUCAGUGGGAUAUCAAAGUUGUCGAGUUUAAGAAGUUUGAAACUAUUUGGUUCUAACGUUGAAGGGGAUGUUAACUUAGUGAAGGAGCUGCAGCUUUUGGAGCAUCUACAAGUUCUAACCAUAAAUGUAUCUACAGAGUUGGGUUUGGAGCAAAUAUCAGGAGAUCGAAGGUUGGUGAACUGCAUCUAUCGUCUGAGUACUCGCAAUUUUCAAGAAAAGCCAUUCAAUCUGUCGUUGCUGGUGAGCAUGAAGAAUCUUCGAGGGUUCUGGUUAACGAGUAUUCGCUCUGAUACGAAGUGGGAAGGUAGUGAGAUAGACUCGUCUGAUUUACUCAAUCCAAGACGUCCAUGCUUUACCAACCUCUCCGAAGUAUAUAUAGUUCGCUGCAGAAGAAUUAAGGAUCUGACUUGGCUAUUGUUUGCUCCAAAACUUAUCAGACUAAACAUUGAAAGUUCAUUUGAAGUAGAAGAAGUUAUAAACAAAGAGAAAGCAACAAAGCUUACAGGUCUUUCACCCUUUGAGCCCUUUGAGAAACUAGAAGAGUUAUACUUGGACAAGUUGCCUAGACUGGAGAGUAUCUACUGGAGUCCUCUUCCCUUUCAACUUUUGAAGCGAAUAAAGAUAGAAAACUGUCCAAAGCUGAGAAAGCUUCCCUUAAAGGCUACAAGUGUUUCACGAAUUGAGAAGCUUUCAAUAUCAAUUCAUCCUCGAGAACAGCAAACUGAGCUUGAAUGGGAGGACGAAGAUACCAAAAAUCGUUUCUUGCCUCUAAUCCUUAAGCGACUAUGGGUUUGAGGCCCAACAGCAUUCGAAGCCCACAGAACAGAUAAACGAGGCAACGGGACUAAACAUCCAUUACUCUGAACUGGGAUUCCUUACUGUCAGAUUGAGAAUCCACGCUUCUUCUUCUUCUGAUGUUUGGCUGUCAAUUUGUUACUCUGGACUGGGAUUCCUCACUCCAUCUUACGUACAUGUGGAGUGUAUUCUAUCAUUGUUUUUUUUCUUUACAUACUUAUCUCUGUGGAGUUUGUUGUGUUGUUGACUUGGAUUAUGUUAUCUAUUUUCCUAUUGUUCUACGUAAGAUGGAUUGUAUC